AUUUAUCCCCGCCGCCGCCGCCGCCGCUGCUGUUUCUCAGGGGCUGCCAGAGCAUGGACUAUUAAAAACUUGCAUUUCUGCAGUGUGAGUUAAUAUUUUGACACCAAUAUGGGAAAGCAAAACAGCAAACUACGCCCUGAAGUCAUGCAAGAUUUACUAGAAAGUACAGACUUUACAGAACAUGAGAUCCAGGAGUGGUACAAAGGCUUCUUGAGAGACUGUCCAAGCGGACAUUUAUCUAUGGAGGAGUUUAAAAAAAUAUAUGGGAACUUUUUCCCUUAUGGGGACGCUUCUAAGUUUGCGGAACAUGUAUUCCGCACUUUUGACGCCAAUGGAGAUGGAACAAUAGAUUUCAGAGAAUUCAUCAUAGCCUUGAGUGUAACGUCAAGAGGUAAACUGGAGCAAAAGCUGAAGUGGGCAUUCAGCAUGUAUGACCUCGACGGGAACGGCUACAUCAGUAAGUCAGAGAUGCUGGAAAUCGUGCAGGCAAUCUAUAAGAUGGUUUCUUCUGUAAUGAAGAUGCCGGAAGAUGAGUCAACACCAGAGAAGAGGACAGAGAAGAUCUUCCGCCAGAUGGACACCAACCGUGAUGGAAAGCUCUCUCUGGAAGAGUUCAUCCGAGGCGCCAAGAGCGAUCCAUCCAUAGUCCGUCUCCUGCAGUGUGAUCCCAGCAGCGCCGGGCAGUUCUGAACCCAUUCUUUGGAUGAAUUAUGUAUCUGCUUUUUUUUUUUUCCUUGCCAAACAACAUUCAUGGUAGUGUUGCCUCUGUACGGCCAAUUAUGCCUUCUUUUGUGGCAUCUUAUAGCUUCUUUUGUUGUGGAUUGAUUAUAAGAAUGCUGAAUUGCUCUUAACAAUUUGUCCAGAGCACGAGCAGUACUGUUUUAAACAGAUAUUGUGGUGUUAUCAUUGUUUUAAAGAUUUCAUUUUGUUUUUUGUUUUAAUGUGUCUGUUUUGGAAAGUACGAGUUGAGAAGGAGGAAACCAACAACAAAACCCUUGGCAGCAAGACACACUGACAGAUUUUUAGAUUGCUGCUUUAGUAGCUGAGUAUUCACCCGCAGGACCUGAAAGUGUAGUAGAGGUUGAACCAAAGGGGUUGUGAUGGGUGGGGUAGGAUUCACCUGGAACCUCCUCUCCUGUCCAGGAGGCACUAGUUAAGGUCAAAGACAGGAUCGAGAAGAAGUACGAAAGUGCAAAAUGGGUGCGGGGUGUGUCGUCCGCACCCCUGCUCCUACGCCUCAUUGUUUCAAUGCUGUGAACAUUUUCCAGGUUGUGAAGGAGAAGGGGAAAAAACUAAGAUGGACAGUUUUUCCUAGGUUUACAGUGUUUGAUUUCACGUGGCUUUAUCUGAAAAUUCAGCAAUUUGCAAUCCUGAUCCCCAAAUCCACAACUGACGAUACCU